ACUUUGGGCUCGAGGUCACCGACAUCACGAUGUCACCCCAUGCUUAUAUAUUGAGGGAAGCUCUCACAUGGAGCCGUUAUUCACAGCAGAGACGAGUUUCUGCGCAGGGAUCAGCUCCAUCACCCGACAGUAUGAAACUACAGGUGCUGAUCAUCUUCACGUCAGUCCUGGUGGCUCAGUACGCAUCCUCACGUGUCAGAAUUCCAGAAUUGGCCGGACUCGGAGAACCGGAUCAGAGAGGCGUGGACGAGCGCAGCACCUCGGAAGACGACAGGAUUUGCUUCUUGUUAAAGGAUCAGGAUUCCGAGAGUCACAUUUCCUGCAAGCAUCGUCUAACCCGCAGUAAAUUUAACUACAACCCGUUCGGGCUGCGCUUCGGGAAGAGAGACGGACGCUUAAAACCGGACCGAUCGGGAACGACGAGGAGGCUCCCGGUUCUGCUUUUCCUGAGAGAACUGGAGGAGGCAUCAUGAACACACACACACACACACACACACACACACACAGGAAAAAAAAAAAGUGCAAUUUUUAAGAGCUGGAUUAACUGGAGAUGUCGUGAUGGACGUGUGUGUGUGUGUGUGU